AUGGCAGCACUAGACGGCAGCCAGCAUGAUGCUCUGUUACUGCUCAAAAGAUCCAUUGCAGCCAGCAGCCCGAUCAUACCCACUACGACCGCCGAUGCAUCCUCUGCCUCGUCCGUGGAUCUCAGCCUGGCCAAAGCAGCCUUCCUUCACUUCUCGUCGCCGACACAAGUCUCGAUCCCCCUCACCACCCCGACGCGUUUCUUCUCGUCCGAUAAGCCCGUCGACCUCCGCAGCAUCUUCUUCGCGUGGGAGAAGCGCGAGACGGCGAUCCCUGAAUACAAUGGCGCAGCCCAGGAGCUGAACGCGGAGCUGGCUGCUGAAGGCGGCGCGGGAGGACAGGUGCAGGGUCUCGCAUUCGUGGAGCGGUUGGACCUGAUUACCUGGCUGGAGGGUGCGAGUGAAGAGUCCGAGUACAUUAAGCCGUUGGCGUCGGAUACGUCGAGCGCGGCAGCGUCGGCGCAGGUUGCGUCUGGUGUGAAGGGGGGUAUUGCGCCGGUGACGAGUGGUGCCCUGGGGAGGCAGAGGAAGACUAUUGAUCCUCGGCUGGCGGAGAUCUACAACGGGGAGCGGAAGAUGGGUGAUAGGAACAGUGUAUUGAGGGGCAUCAAGCCUACGGACUUCUCUCACGUUCGCAAACUCGCAGCUCCUUUCAAUGCGCGGAAGGCUGCGCAAGCAGCAGCUGCUGUGGCCGCUCAGAAUACGGCAUUGACAAACAACCCCAAAUCCUCCGGCCGUCGCCCCGACCCUAUCAUCUUACUCUCGCCAUCAGCGUCGUCGCUCCUCCGCUUGUCGAACAUCAAGGCGUUCCUCGAGAAUGGCAUGUACGUCCCACCCGACUCUACCAGCGCGUCCUCAAGCAGCUCUUCGAGCCUGUUACACACGAUGCGCGUCAUUCCCUCGAUUGACGCCACUCGUCCCGUGCGCUUCAUCCUCGUCGAUACCCCCGAGCAAUUCAAGCCCGAGUACUGGAACCGCGUGGUGGCGGUCUUCACGACAGGGCAAGCAUGGCAAUUCAAAGCGUACAAGUGGCAAAAUCCUACGGAACUCUUCAAGCACACGAUGGGUGUGUACGUGGGCUGGAGAGGUGACCAGAUCCCCGACACGGUCAAGGGGUGGGGACGAGGUGUCUUCCAGACGCAGAUUGACAAGUACAACGUAGGCGAGCGAUCCGCGGCUCGGUUUCGGGAUCGAGAGGUUGUCGAGGGCAUUUGGAAGGGGAUUGAGGACAACAUGCGGCAGAAGGGCUGGAGGAGGGAUUCCGGCCCCGCGGCUAUCUGA